UUGUUGUGCAGUGCUAGUGUCCGGCAGUGCAUAAUGUUGGUUCUUAUAACACUUGUAAUGCUCAAUGUUUGGGUUAUUCCAGCAGAUGAAGUACUUUCACCAAACAUAAAUCUCCUUGAAGUACUAGAGAAAAUAACAACCAUGGAAAAAAGGAUGGAAUCUAUGGAGAAUGAAAUGGAGCGACUAAAAACCGAGAACAAAGAACAAGCAGAAGAACUGACGAUUUUGAAUAAAACAACAGUUGACACCAAUAUCAAACUGGAUGAACUAAUGAAGCAGAAUCAAGCUCCUAAAGUGGCUUUCUCAGCCUCUCUGUUGAGCUCUUUCGGACCACAAAGCGUUGGACCCUUUCAUAAUGGUCUACACACCCUGAUUUAUGAAUAUGUCUUCCUUAAUAUUGGCGACUCCUAUGAUCCAAACACAGGAAUCUUUACAGCACCUGUGAGGGGAGCGUAUGCUUUCAGGGUCUUCUCCAAGGCCUUUGGAAGUCCAGAGAGAGAUGUUACUGCAGGCCUAUUUAAGAAUGACCAGCACAUCAUUUCUACACAUGGACAGCAAGCAAGCGGUUUUAUCAGCUCUUCAAAUGGAGUCUCUCUGCUGCUAGAAGAAGGGGAUCAAAUGAAGGUGAAUCUCUAUCCUGGACAAUGGAUUUUCGACGAUGGAGAACAUCAUCACAGCACAUUCAGUGGACAUCUGCUUUUCCCCAUGUGAGCUUGCAGACCAUUUAUAAAAUUAAAAAAGCAAAA